AUGUCUGAAGCACUUGUAUCCUUCCUUGUAGAGCAGUUGGGUUCCAUCAUCUUCCAACAGGUGGAACAAAACGUGAGACUUGUUGUGAAUGUCAAAAAAGAAGUAGCAAUUCUUACCCUCAACCUCGAAACUAUUCAAGCUGUGCUGGCGGAUGCAGAGAGGAGGCAAGUGAAGGAGGCCAACGUGAGACGCUGGCUCAACAAUCUAAAAGAAGUGUCGUACGAGAUAGACGAUGUGGUGGACGAGUGGAGCACUGAAAUCCUGAAAAAACAAAUCGAGAAACACGGUGAAAAUGCUGUUGUACCUAAGAAGAAGGUAUGUUUCUCUAUUCCCUUCCAUUGUCUUUGUAAUGGACAAGUCACUCAGAUAAUUUUUCGUCGUGACAUUGCUGUGAGGAUAAAAGAGUUGAAUGAGAAGUUAGCUUUGAUUCAUGAACAGCGAAGAUUUUAUAAGUUUCUCGAAAAUGAAAUAGAAUUUGAGCAACAUGAACGAUUGAAAAGUUUUUCAAUUGUCGAUGAAUCUGAGAUAUUUGGUAGAGACUACGAAAGGAAUAAGCUAGUAAGCCAGUUAGUGAGUGAGCAUAGUGAAGAAAGGAAGAAGCCUCUUGUCAUAUCUAUUGUAGGUAUGGGGGGGAUAGGCAAAACAACUCUUGCCCAACUAGCCAAUAAUGAUGAAAAGGUAAAGAAUUGUUUUCAUACAAGAAUAUGGGUUUGUGUCUCAGAACCAUUUGUACAAAUCACGGUUGCCAAAGCCAUCCUUGAGGGUCUUAAAGUAAAAUACCCAGAGUCAAAUGAGUUAGAAACUUAUCUUCAACUUAUAUAUGACUCUAUUAAGGACAAGAAGUUCCUUCUUGUUCUAGAUGAUGUCUGGGACUCAAACCAUAGAAAGUGGGAGCCCUUCCUGACCACAUUACAUGGUGGUGCCUCAGGGAGUAGAAUUUUGGUUACAACGCGAAUAGCGCAGGUUGCUAGUGCAAUGGGAACAACUAGUGACCACACAAUCUAUAUGAAGGAGUUAGGUGAAGAAACUUGUCGGUCAUUGUUCUAUCACAUUGCAUUUUUUGAUGGUGAAAGAAAAGAGUCUAAAAAGUUUGAAGAUAUUGGUAAUGAAAUUGUAAAGAGGUGCAAAGGCUUACCUCUUGCUGCGAAGACUUUGGGUAGUCUACUACGGUAUAAGGACACAGUGCAAGAAUGGGUAGAUGUUUUGAAUAGUAAGAUAUGGGAAUUUGAAGAGGUUGAGCAACAAGUUUUCCAACCAUUAUUAUUAAGUUACCAUGAUUUAGAACCGCAGUCCAAACGUUGUCUUUUGUAUUGUGCUACAUUUCCUAAAGAUCAUAAGAUUGUCAAGGAUGAGUUGAUUGAGUUGUGGAUGUCACAAGAUUAUUUGAAAGUGAAAGGGGGAAACAAAGAAGAUAAAAUAGUUGGUCAAAGGUGUUUUAAGAACUUAGUAUUGCGGUCUUUUUUUCAAGAUAUUGAGAAAGAUUAUGAGGGGAAUAUUAAAAGUUGUAAAAUGCACGACAUCGUGCAUGAUUUUGUGCAAUAUUUAACCAAGGAUGAAUGCUUUAGUAUGGUGGUUAAGGGUGCUAAUGAGAGAAUGGAGUUACCGGGUGAUGAGGUCAGUCAUUUGUCUUUAAUGUUUGCACCUGAGGGUCCAUUUCCUGUUUCUUCUCUCAACUGUAAGAGGUUGCGCACUCUCACAGCUUUUGAAUCGAAACUUACUAGCAUUGGCGUUGAGUUGAUUUCGCAAUCAAAAAGCCUUAGGACUUUGAAUUUGAGUAAAAACUCGAUUCGAGAAGUUCCAAAGGAGAUUGGUGGAUUGAUACAUUUGAGAUAUCUGGACUUGUCUCAAAACCGUGAACUGGAGGAAUUGCCCGACAGUUUAUGUGAUUUAUACAAUCUGCAAACCUUGCGACUUGUUGAGUGCAGUGAACUUGUCAAAUUUCCCGAUGAAGAGGCAAUGAGAAAGCUAACCAAGUUAAAGCAUCUUUAUGUUGAGUAUUCCCCUCGUCUAAAAUCAAAAGGGAUAGGGAGGUUAACCGGUCUGCAAAAGCUAGAUGUGUUUCAUCUAAAUGGUUAUAGGGGUGAGGACAAAGAAGGGACGUUGAAGUUGCAAGAUUUGAAAAACUUGAACCAACUUGAAGGGAGUCUUUACAUUGCACACUUGGAGUCUGUGGAAGAUGCGAGUGAGGGUGUAAAGGCAUGUUUGAGUGAGAAACAUCUCCUUCAUCAUCUGUUUCUAGAUUUCUCAUGUCAUAAUGGAUGUUAUAAUCGGGGGAGAGAAGAAGGGACGGGCCAAAAUGAUAGAGAAAUACUGAAUGGGCUGCAACCACAUGGAGAUUUGGAAUCAUUGACCAUCUGGAACUGCCAGCUGGCUACUUCUCCGUGUCCUGAUUGGAUCUUGUCUUUACAUAAUCUGACAAGGCUUGAGCUUAUGUUUUUCCGUAAUUGUGAGCUGCUUUCGGGUCCAUUUGGGAGAUUGCCGUCGCUUGAAUCACUUGUAUUUGACAGCAUGGAGAAAGUGAAAAAGGUGGGAGUGGAGUUAUUGGGAAUUGAAGAAAGAGAAUUACAAUCAUCCUCCUCCUCCUCGUCUUCUCUUAUUUUAUUCCCCAAAUUGAAAAGCCUCUGGUUCUUGGAUAUGUACGACUGGGAAGAGUGGGAAGGAGUGGGAGGGGAUUUUCAGAAUAAUAUUACCAUAAUGCCCUCCCUAUCUCGCUUGGAAUUUUACAGCUGCUCCAAACUUGGUACGCUGCCCGACUUCCUGCGCAAGACACCACUACUAAAGACAGUGAUCGUCAACUGGUGUCCAAUUCUGGGUGAUAAAGUCCGGGACAAAACAAGUGAGGAGUGGGCCAAGAUUUCUCACGUCCCAGACAUCCUAAGAGAUGGAAUUCUGAUUUCAGGCGGCGAGUUGUUGAGUGGUCUUGUCUUCUACAGGGUCGAAGAUCUAAUGCUUCUUCUGAUGCUGGAACCCAGCUCCCUAUCCAGUGGAGAUGUCUUUAUUAUGUUGGCUUUAUUUCUUCAAGAUUUGGAAAGACUUGCAAGCAAACUCUUAUGUGGAGGGAGAAUAGGGAGCUUGUAGACUACAGAGGAAUUCUUCACACAACCUCGUACUGUACUGCUCAGAUUUAAUCUAAAAGGAUUUACAAUGGCAUUGAGACUUUCAAGCUGACGGGUGGAUAUAUGCUUUGGGAUAUCCAAUAAUAUACAUAUGUCUCAUGCACGGUCCACAAGCUAGGUCGACUACUGAUUGAUGACAACCUCUGCCACUUCUUCACUUCUCUUCCAGGAUUGAAAGCACACCUCAAAGUUGUAAUGGCUGGAUUCCCCAAGACCGGAUGCCCCCAUCCUUAGCUCAAAUACUGAAGCUUAAAGCAUUUCAAAUGGAAUUGAAAUUUUCAAGUUGAUGAGAUUUACUCUGAUUUUACUGUCACUACUAGCUAGGCGUGAUAUUACCAACGAAGCAAUCCAAGUGGUGACCUGCAAGUUGCAAGGCAGUCAACCUACAUUUUCUGAAUUAAUUAUCCCCCUCGAAAUCUUCUAUGAAGAUUAAAGGAAUAAUCCACGCAAAACACUGCAGAGGUAGAGAUAUCCUCUGGUGCUGAAACUGAUGAUGCUGAAACCCAACUUCCUGUCAAGUGUGGAUGUCUUUACCCAGUUGGCUUGAUUUCUUCAAGUUCAGGAAUGAGAAGUCAUGGAGAUAAUAAUAUUGGUUAUGGAAAUAGCAGAAAGGAUUGCAAGUACUCUUCCAUGGAGUAAAUGGCAAGGUCAGGUCUUUAAAUUUCUGAUGAUUGGAGUCGAUGGACAACCGGACCCUUAGGAAAUUGCUUUGGCUCCCACAGCAAGCUAAAAGCAUUUACAAUGGCAUAGGAACUUCAAGCUGAUGGGUUGAUAUAUCAAGUAGUUUAUAAUCAGGUUCUUACCAACACCAGGUAUGAGAGAGAAUUUAAGAAUGGAUGUGACCCUGAAUUCCAUUCCAUGGAAACACUCUGGGGAUGACUCUAGAUGGCUGGUAAACAUCAAACAGUUAUUUCAGAAAGGUUUGGGAGGUUGUGACCAUGAGCUCUCAUGCAAGGAAGUUCAACAUCAGAUAUUUUCUUCGGUUGUACCUAGGAAUGUUAUAAUCUACUUAAGGCGACCAGUUGGUAGUGAAAUUGAUAGUAAAAUCAUUCAUCAUGUGGAUAUUGCUUCUGGCUUGUACCCUAUACUGUUCUGUUAUCCAUUCUCGCUAGAAAGGAUUAAUCAUUUUCAUCAGACACCUGACAGGGAGUGGUUUAAAACUGAGGCUGUUCUUCGUUUUAGCUUGGGAAACUUUCUGUUCUUCACCAUCCUGUCAGUUGUGAUGAUUGGUGUGAUGAGUCAAAAGGAUCCCCGUGAUAGUAUCCACUAUCCACCAUGGUGGAUGGAUGAUGAAAGCUACUUACUGGUUCCUUUUGGUGAUCUUCUCAUUGUUUUUCAUACCAAACGGGAUUAUUAGUUUCUAUGGAACUUUUGGCUAUUAGCAGUGUUUGGAUGAGGGAUGAUAUGGGGGGAGAUGACAUUUUGGUGGGACUAAAAAUCCCACGUGGAAAAUCCCUCGUUUGGUAAUUAAAUAGGGAGGGACUUAAAUUAUGAGGGAUUGUAGGAGAGGAUAAUCAGACGGGAUUUGUCUUAAUAGAUCUCCCACCUUCGAGUUCCGCUUCUAGAGGUGUUAUUCUGAAGUUCCACAGCGCGAAGAAGACGACUACGCAUCGGCCUUGAUUUCUGGCUCUCUCUUCUUCUUGCAUCGCUGUUCUCCAGGAGGAGAGAAGAAGCACAGGCACUUCUGAAGGAGUCCCUUGAAUCGUUGGAGGACAUCGGUGCAUCUCUUAUGUUGAAAUAGUGAGUGCUCAGCCUCAAAACCAGAAUAAGAAGGGAAAAUAAGGUUUACCCUACGCAUAAGUGGAAAAGCAAGAAUAUAUUUUGUGAAGCAGUGCUGAAUGAGGAAGUCUGAAAUGAUGGGUUGUGGAGCCCAUAGUUCCAGUUAUUUUUCAACACACAAAGGCAACUAGUUCCAUAUAGAGAAACAGGAAUUUAGGAUGGAUCUUUGUCGUAAGCGUGCUUGAGAAGAGGAGGAGGAGGUGGUGGAGGAAGAAGAAAUCAAUGAAGAGGAGAUUAGCACUGUUGAAGCCACUAAUGAGUGGACUGUAUUUCGUGAUCAAUUGACGAUGGAUUUGUUUGCUGACUAUAAAAAAUUCAAAGGCAUCGAGCUCAACAAGCGCAGCAAGAACAAGGAGACCUUGCAAAUGUUCCAUGAUUUCAAAGUUCUGUUGUGAUAUUUACUAUUUAGGAUGUUAUCACUAUAAUGUUAUUAAAAUGUUUGACAUUUUAAGUCUAUGAAUUCAAGCCAGACCAAAAUCGAAUUGUGACUGAAAUUUCAAUUGUUGCAUUUUUCAAAUUUCUA